GGUGGUGGAGGGAGAGGGAGAGGGAGAGCAGUGUACCGCUGACUGUGGUGGCGCGCGCUGGGGACCGCUCCCGCUGCUCUUGGUGUACCUUUGUGUGUGCUCGUGCGUGUGCUGGUGUGUGUGUGUGAGUGUGGCAGUGUUGUGGUGGCCCGCGUGUCCUGGCACCAUGCCUGGCCCUCUCCUCCUGCUGGUGCUGCUCUCCCUCGCCUCUCCCGCCGCCCUCACUCUCCCUCACCCCGCCACACCAUCAGUUCAAUGCCUGGACGAGGAGUUUGCAUGUGCUGAUGGACUUAAAUGCAUUCCAAUCAGCUGGAAGUGUGACCACUCUCCCGACUGUCUGGAUGCCUCUGAUGAGCCUUUAGACUGUCCGGAAAUACCAUGUGGGACGUUCCGGUGCAGACUGACAGCAAAGUGCCUGCCGCAGGGAUGGGUGUGUGACGGAGAUGCUGACUGUGGCGCCGGAGACACAUCUGAUGAGGACAAUGAUUCAUGUAAAAAGGGCAACACAUGUGCACUAAAUUAUUUUAGAUGUAAAAAUGACAUCAACUGUGUACUGAUCAAACAGCUGUGUGAUGGCUUUAGUGACUGCCCCGAUGGUAGUGAUGAAGGCAACUUUUGCAAUGAAACUGCACAGUGUCAAUCACGGAGAUGUGAGCACAAAUGUAGACCCACAGACAAAGGGCCACAGUGCUUUUGUCCUGAAGGCCAGCAACCCAAUGACACUUCCUGUGUUGACUCCAAUGAAUGUGAGGUGGAGGGCUCGUGUGACCAGUCAUGCACUAACCUGGUGAAUAAUUAUACCUGUAGCUGCUCAGAAGGCUACGACUUGGUAGGAAAGUCUACCUGCAGAGCAAUAAACGAUCCUCCUGGCCAACCAGCAUCUCUUCUAUAUACAAGCAACUCAGGACUGGCACACCUCUUCCUGAACGGCACAGCUCUGCCAGGAAAUUCACAUUUCAGUUCACAUCAUGCCAUUUCUUUUGACUUCAAUCAUCGCAACAAUUCAGUGUGUUGGGUAAGUUCCAAUUCAUCGUGGUCCGUCUUCAAGUGUGCUUCUACCGACAACUUGGAGGAAUCAUGGGCAAUACCGCAGCCCUCUCAGAAUGGUCUCAAUUAUGUACACGAUAUUGCCCGAGAUUGGGUGACUGGGAAUUGGUACAUAUUGGACAGGAGAGAGAUGAUCUUCAUGUGUAAUGCAACCAUGCAGGUGUGCAUCACCCUGAUGGAUGUGUUUCUAAGUGAACCAAGAAGCAUUGCUCUCGAUCCCAGCUCAGGAUACAUGUUCUUCACCAACUGGGGUACAACAGACCCCAAACUGGAACGGGCCCUAAUGGAUGGAACUCAGAGACAAGGAAUUGUCCAUACUAAGAUUGUUUACCCUUUUGGUGUUACUCUUGAUUACCCAAAUAAGCAUGUAUAUUGGGUUGAUGGCUACCUCAGCCAUGUUGAAAGGGUCGACUACAGUGGAGGCAAUCGACGAAUUAUCAUAAAGCUCAAAACUGAUGAAAGACCAUUUGGAAUCUCGCUGUUUGAGAAUUCUUUAUUUGUGACAAGUUGGAAAGACAACAGCAUCAAGCAGAUCAACAAGUUUCACACACACAAUGUUACAACUUUCCACACAAACUUGACUGAGCCAAUGCACAUCCACGUCUUCCAUCGUCAAAGGCAGCCAAAUGUUGAGCAUCCGUGUGGUGUGUAUAAUGGAGGUUGUCAGCACAUUUGUAUCCCAUUAUGGAAGGAUGGACUGGCUGUUGUCUCGUGUCAUUGUCAACCCGGACACAUACUUGGCCCAGGAGGCUCCUGUGUAGCACACGAACACGAGGCCUUCUUGAUUUAUGCAAAAGGUCGACCGGGAAUGAUCAAAGGCGUAGCGUUGGAUAAGGCUGGGUCAUCAGAAGUCAUGGUGCCCAUCUCGUCCCUCACCCGACCAACAACCCUCGACUAUGAUGUUCACUCACAGUUCAUUUAUUAUGCUGAUAUUCAGAGAUUUGUGAUUGAACGACAGAGCUUGGAUGGGACGAAGAGGGAACCAGUCGUAACGUCGGCAGUGUUGAAUGUUGAGGGCCUGGCUGUUGACUGGAUGGCACGCAAUAUAUAUUGGACUGACGAGGGUGUGUCGUCCAUAUUUGUGUGCUCUAUGAAGAACCCUGAGAAACGUAAGAUGCUUCUUCAUGGGAACCUGACGAACGCAAGAGCGAUAGUUUUAAACCCGGGAGAAGGCUUCAUGUAUUGGACUGUGUGGCAAUUCACUGUUGGGGGAGUUAUUGCUGGUGGAGAUGGCUUGAUAGAGCGAGCAUGGAUGGAUGGAACCCAUAGAGAACCAUUUGUAACUAAAGAUCUCCAGUGGCCCAAUGGAUUAACAAUUGACUUCAAAGAACGUCACCUAUAUUGGUGUGAUGGCUUUCAUAAUAAGAUUGAGAGAAUAGGACUUGACGGCAAAAAUCGAGAGGUGAUGCUUCGAGGUGAUGUUUUAAAUCAUCCUUAUGGAUUAGCUUAUUAUAAUGGCUUCAUAUAUUGGUCGGAGUUCCAGAAUGGUACAAUAAAGCGUGUGAAGCUUCAGAGUCAAGAGUCACCCGAGGAACUGCGUAUAGAAAAUCCUUAUAUAUUUGACCUGAAGAUUUUCUCGAACACCAGUCAAAGUGAUACAAACGAAUGUACAAAAGGAAGCAUCCAGUGCGUGGAUCUCUGCCUUGCAACACCUGACGGCCCAAUCUGUGCUUGCGCAACUGGGUAUGAGCCAGAUAGUCAACAGAAAAACCUUUGUAAUCCAAUUACUAACUUUACUCAGCCAAGCCUAUGCAGCGAAGGCCAAUUUCAGUGCAAGAAGAAUUUACGGUGCAUUGACGAACGUUACCUGUGUGAUGGUGACAAUGACUGUUUGGACAACAGUGAUGAGGACACGUCAUCGGGGGGAGUUUGUGAGGCUGCUCAGUGUCAUAAAGACAUGUUUCAGUGUGGUAACAAUCAGUGCAUAGAUGCGUUCUGGGUGUGCGAUGAUGACCGUGACUGUGAAGAUGGGUCAGACGAGAGUCCUGAGGAGUGCAACCAUCCACAUUGCCCUGCAGAUAAGUUCCGGUGUCAGGUGUCUCGGCGUUGCAUCGCUCAGUCUUGGGUCUGCGACAUUGACAAGGACUGUGGCUCUGGUGAUGAUUCAGAUGAACAUGCAGCUUGUGAAUAUCAAGAAUGUAGCGUGGAAGAUUUUAAAUGUGCCAACAAGAGAUGUGUGCCAAUGUUUUACGUGUGUGAUGGCGACGAUGAUUGCCGAGACAAUUCUGAUGAGAAGAUGUGUGACACAUUCUGUGCCAAUGCGACUGCGGCCGGCCUCCCAACCACACCAUUCUGCAACAACAUCUGUCUUAAUAUUACAGAACAGACUACGUGUCAAGAAACUCAAGGUUGUACGUACUGUGGAAGUAACAACACAUGCAUAGCAACAUACCAGCUGUGUGACGGAGUGCUCAAUUGUCCAGAUGGAAGUGAUGAAUCCAGGUGUGAUGAGAAGAUCUUGCAAGGUUGUAGACCUGAAGAGUAUAUGUGUGAGCGGACAAGGGACUGCAUUCAUCAAAGUCUGAAGUGUGACGGAAAUGAUGACUGUCAGGAUCGAUCAGACGAGCUGGGCUGUGAAUCUAUUGAGUGCUCACACAAUGAAUGGAAAUGUACUUCAGAAGAGCAUUGUAUCCCUGAUAUAUGGAAAUGUGAUGGUGUGGAAGACUGCAGUGACAGCUCCGACGAGAAGAUGUGUCCCAGCAUCCCUGUAAAGUGUACGCCACCAAGUCAUCUUUGUGAUAACAGCACUGUCUGUGUCCCACCAGCAAGCCUCUGUGAUGGACAUAGCAACUGCAAGGAUGGGUCUGAUGAAGGUGGUCGCUGCGGAUCCUUUGAUUGUGAGCUGAUGGACUGUCACAAGAACUGCACCCAAGGUCCUGGCGGGCCAGUGUGCACAUGCCCAAAAGGACAAACUCUACUGUCAGAUGGUCGCAUGUGCACUCAUCUCCAUCCUUGCCAACAGUGGGGAACAUGUUCUCAAGAAUGUGUCCCGACCAAACAUUCACAUAAAUGUGUGUGUAUUGAAGGAUACCAAAUAGAACCAGAUCAUUUUACCUGUAAAAGUACUGACCCAGCUGUUCCAUACCUCAUCUUCAGCAACCGGCAUGAACUACGCAGUAUAACCCUCAAGGAUAACAGUAUGGGGGUAAAGGCUCUGAUCUCGUCGCUUAAGAAUACAAUUGCCUUAGACUUCUAUCAUUCAGAUGAAGGCGAUGUUAUAUUCUGGACAGAUGUAGUGGAUGACAAGAUUUAUCGAGGGACUCUCUUGGCUGGAGCGUUGUCGAACAUAGAGGUGGUGGUGCAGACAGGUCUAGCCACAGCUGAAGGACUUGCUGUUGACUGGCUGGCAGAAAAUUUGUAUUGGGUGGAGAGUAAUUUGGACCAAAUAGAAGUGGCUAAACUCAAUGGAUCGUACCGACGGACCCUCAUCGCCUCGCGUAUGGAAAGCCCACGAGCUAUAUCUCUUGACCCGAGAGUUGGCAUGGUGUUUUGGUCAGAUUGGGAGGAAGGAAAUGCACGGAUAGAGUCAUGCAGUAUGUCUGGAGAAGGUCGGCGUGUUGUAUUUGUUGUGAGUGAGAUUGUUGGUGGAGGUUGGCCGAAUGGAUUAACACUGGAUUAUGCUUUACGUCGAAUCUACUGGAUAGAUGCCAAGUCUGAUUCCAUUCACACUUCUCUCUAUGAUGGCACAGACCACAUGGAGAUUCUUCGAGACCAUCUCCUGUUGUCUCAUCCAUUUUCUAUCUCGUUGUUUGGUAACUACGUUUACUGGACCGACUGGAGAACCAACUCUGUGAUCAGGGCCAAUAAGUUCAAUGGAUCAGACAUCCGGGACAUCCAACGAACAAUUACGCAACCAUUUGAUAUCCAGGUCCUGCAUCCAAGUCGGCAGCCAAGGGAUGCUGCCAACCCUUGUAAAGACAAUAAUGGUGGCUGUUCUCAUCUAUGUUUACUGAGCUUUAAUGGCACGUACCAGUGCAACUGUCCACAUAUCAUGAGUCUAGGCCCAGAUAACAAGACUUGUUUGCGCAAUGAAAAAGUUCUGCUUUUCUCCCGUCCAAAUGAGAUAAGAGGCGUCGAUCUCAACAAACCAACUCAUGACAUCAUCCCCCGCAUAUCACUUCCAAAAGUCCAACAUGCUGCCCAGUUAGACUUUGAAGCCAAAACCAAGACGAUCUUCUGGGCUGACUCCAAUAUGAAUGAAGUGAAGAGAGGAAGUUUAACAGGCACCCCCAUAGAGACUGUCAUUGAUACUGCUCUUCCAGCUCCCAGAGGUUUUGCAAUUGAUUGGCUUUCACACAACCUGUUUGUUACAUCAAGUAGUAGCAAGAGCAAGCAGAUCAAUGUAGCAACAAUAAAUGGGGAGUUUUUGAUGCCAGUCAUAAUGAAUUUAUCAGAUCCAUUAUCUCUUGCUGUUGACCCAUAUGAGGGAAGAAUAUUCUGGUCAGACAUUGGUGGUGAUUUCCACACAGUGCACAUGGCUUCCAUGACUGGCAGCAACAUGACUUUAUUGUCUUCUCAGGAGAACAAUGAGCAUCUAGACCAUCCUCGAAGCCUUACAUAUGAUCCUUCAAGCCAGCGUCUUUACUGGGUUAAUAUUGGCUCUAACUCCAUUCAGUAUUUUGAUUUAGUCAAAGAAACAACAUUUGAUCUACCAAUAUUUGGAAACUCUUCUAAGCCUGAGGCAAUGACAGUAUACAUGGAUUCUGUGUAUUAUUCAGAUGGCUCCAAUAACAGUAUUUAUAAAAUGGACAAGACUACUGGUAGCAAGCAUGAACUAGUGCGGUCUGGAAUUGACAAUUUCUUGUCCUUAAAAAUUUAUGAUGAAUCUAUUCAAGAUGGCAGUAAUGCAUGUUCUCAAGACAGCCGUCCAUGUGCACAUUUAUGCUUGCCCAAGAACAGGGUCGAGCGCGAGUGUCGCUGUGCCAUUGGUUAUAAAGUAGAUGAACGGGACCCAACAAUCUGUGUUGCAUUAGAUGGCAUCCUUAUAUAUUCCACCAGUGCAGGUCUUAGUGGUCUUAGUGUAGAUACACCUGUCACAGAAAAGGGAGAAAAUUUAGAAACAUUAACACCAAUAUCAGGAAUUGGCACUGCAACAAGUUUAGAUUUCCAUGCUGCGCAAGAUCUGCUGGUUUGGGCAGAUGGGGAUCAAGGAACCAUUACCAGUAUUCAGAGGGAUGGUACAAACCGUCAUGUAAUAGUUGAAGGUGCUGAUGUAAUCCAAGGCAUUGCUGUGGACUGGGUAGCAAACAACUUGUACUGGACUAAUCCAAAAGCGGACGUUAUCGAGAUGUGCCGUCUGAAUGGGUCAGACCACUUUGUUAUUAUAGCAAGUGGUUUAGAGAAACCAGGAGCAAUUGCAAUCCAUCCUGGCUCAGGGUACAUGUUUUGGGCAGACACUGGGGAGAAAGCAAGAAUUGAACGGGCUAAUUUGGACGGAUCAAAUAGAACAAUUUUAGUCAACACAUCACUUCAGUUCCCCGCAGAUUUAGUAGUUGACUUUGAGGAAAGUCACUUAUACUGGGUGGACAAGUGGGCGAAAACCCUGGAGAGAGUGAACUUGGACGGCAGUGAACGAAGAAUCAUUUUGCACAGCAGCGUACUACAGCUACCGGUUGCUACUUAUGUCUUCAACAGUAACAUCUACUGGGCUGAUAUGGUUUAUGGAGGAGGCUCAGUGAGAAGUGUGUCUAUGCUAGAUCUAACCAGGAUGUCAACUCUGAGGUCUGGACUUGGUGACACAGUUAAAGAUAUUAUCAUAAUGGGUAAUGAUGUCCAGAUAGGAAUCAAUCCCUGUGCAGACAAUAAUGGCGGAUGUUCGGAAAUUUGCCUCUUCACUGGAGUCCGGGCUCGGUGUCAGUGUUACCACGCACGUGUAGCUAAGGAUGGAAAAUCCUGUGUGGAUCACGAGGCAUUUCUAAUGUUCUCCAGCAUCAAUAGCAUAGAGAGCAUUCAUAUGUUUGAUGAAAACAAUCAAAAUACCCCUUUAAAGAAGAUCACUUCUGACUUUAUGAAAAAUGCCAUCAGUCUAACAUUUGAUUAUGCCAGCAAACGCUUGUACUACUCGGACAUACAGAGAGGAAGCAUCAACACUGUUCAUUUUAAUGGAUCCAACCAUGCAAUAUUAGUAGAAAAACAAGGUGCAGUUGAAGGUCUGGCAUUUGAGGAGAAGGAGCGAGACCUAUAUUGGACUUGUCAAUCUGAUGCCACUAUUAACCGGAUGAGUGUGGAUCCAUCUCGCACGAAAAGGGUGGAAAAGAUCGUUCAUCUGAGUGCGGCGGAUAAACCUCGAGGCAUUGUUGUCGACAGCUGUGACUUGCAGAUAUAUUGGACUAACUGGAACUCGGAGGCUCCUUCCAUUCAGCGUUCUCUAGUGAGUGGUAUCCGUGUAGAAUCCAUAGUGACCACCUUGAUCAAGAUGCCUAAUGGGUUAGCUAUUGAUCACAAAGCUCAGAAGUUAUACUGGGGAGAUGCCAGACUUGACAAGAUUGAGAGAUGUAACCUGGAUGGUUCAGAUCGAGUGAUAUUGCUGAAGAAUGUACCAAGCCAUCCAUUUGAUUUAGCAAUCUAUGGGGACUACAUUUUUUGGACUGACUGGGUGCUUCAUGCAGUGGUGCGCGCAAACAAGUACACCUCUGAGGACGUUGUGAAGCUGCGCACCGGUGUGACCCGACUCAUGGGUAUUGUCGCUGUAGCGAAUGACACUAAUGCUUGUGAUGCUAGUCCCUGUCGGGUAUUAAAUGGAGGCUGUGAAGAUAUAUGCUCACUGGACGAGCGGGCUCAAGCAGUGUGCCGAUGCUCGCCAGGCCGCACGCUACUGGCAGAUGGUCGUAGAUGUGCAGUUCAUGUUGCUAACUGUACCUCGGACCAGUUUGAAUGCAGCAGUGGAUUUUGCAUCCCCUACAUUUAUUCUUGUGAUGGCGUACCUGAAUGUCCUGAUGGUUCAGAUGAGGAUGAAAAAUACUGUGUAAGACGUACAUGUCGCGAAGGAUACUUUGCGUGUGGCAAUGGACCGUGUGUUCCACAGGAAGCUGUAUGCAACCGACAUGCUAACUGUCCCAACUUCCGAGACGAGAAUGACUGUGACUGCAAGGAAGAUGAGAUCAAGUGUGAAACUUCAGGUCUGUGCAUUGCUGCAAAUCUAAAGUGUGAUAAUGAUCCGGAUUGCCCUGAUGCAAGUGAUGAAAUGGGAUGUGAGAAACGUGACUGCACCGCUGUUCUCUGGGAUGGCUUCAAUAGCUCUGAGCUCAUCAACUGUGCCAACACUACUAACUGCAUUCAUCCUAAGUGGAUUUGUGAUGGAGGUAAUGACUGCUGGGACAACUCGGAUGAGCAGAACUGUGCCACAGUAACGGUUCCGGUGGAAAGUUCUUCAUGCCCAUCUGGCAUGCAUCAAUGUCGGAAUGGACGGUGUGUUGCAGCCAUGUUUAUCUGUGAUGGUGAUAAUGACUGUAAGGAUGGCAAUGCCACUACACUCUCAAGCGAUGAAGCAUCAUGCAACCGCACUUGCCCAGAGGAUCAGAUUAUGUGUGAUGACGGAAACUGUAUUCCUGGUAUAUGGCGGUGUGACGCACACAAGGAUUGCCCUGACGGAUCUGAUGAACCCAAUGAUUGUGUAACCAAAACAUGUGAUGAAGGUCAUUUUAAAUGCAACACAUCUGGGAGGUGCAUUCCUCAAGAGUGGGUUUGUGAUGAUGACAAUGACUGUGGCGACGGAGCAUCAGACGAGAACCCUCCCGAAGGCUGCCCUCUACCUCUUGGUAUUGCUUGCCCAGCACCGCAGUUUAUUUGUCCGGUAUUGAACCAGUAUGAGCACCGUUGUCUUCCAGCGGAGUUCCAUUGUGAUGGACAUGAGGAUUGCUGGGACGGGAGUGAUGAGCCAGACUCAUGUCCACCACACGUGUGCCUUGACUCACAAUUUAAAUGUAAUAAUGGCAAGUGCAUUCCAUCUGUUUGGGUUUGCAAUGGAAGAAAUGAUUGCAGUGACUCGUCAGAUGAAGCCAAUUGCACUGCCAACGUGACUGCUCUGGGAGAUAGUGGAUGUGCAGAAGGGGAACACAAGUGCAAUAACAAUAUUUGUGUGACGUUGGCCAACCUCUGCAACGGCCGUGAUGACUGUGGGGACUACUCUGAUGAACACCUCUGCAACAUUAAUGAAUGUCAACAAACUAAUCCUCGAGUCUGCGCUCAUCAAUGUGUGGAUAAAGCAAUUGGCUAUGCCUGUCAGUGCAACGAUGGCUAUACCAUCAACCCCUAUGACUCCAAGCUGUGUGUGGAUAUUAAUGAAUGUGCAGACUAUCCAUGCCCUCACUUCUGUCAUAAUACUCUUGGCUCCUACAAGUGCAUGUGUGCUCCUGGCUACAUAGCAGAGGACAACAGCCACAAGUGUAGAGCAAACUCCACGGUUAAACCUAAACUCAUAUUUACAAAUCGCUAUUAUAUUCGAGAAGUAAAUAUUGAUGGAACAAACAGCAGGUUGCUGGUUGCAAACCUCACUAAUGCUGUUGGACUUGAUUAUGAUUUUGUCGAGAGCUGCAUAUAUUGGUCAGACGUAACCCACCUCUCGUCGUCAGUGAAAAAGAUGUGUAAUAACAGCCAGCCAAUGGUGCUGCAUUCGGCUGUACAGAGUCCUGAUGGCAUCGCCCUCGACUGGGUUGGACGUAACCUGUAUUGGUGUGACAAGGGCAAAGACACCAUUGAGGUGUCCAAAUUAGAUGGUCGGUUCAGGAAGGUCCUCAUCAACAAAGGAUUACAGGAUCCACGAGCCAUCGUUCUUGACCCUUUUCAUGGCAAUAUGUAUUGGACAGACUGGGGAAAUCAGCCCCAUAUAGGGAAGGCCGGAAUGGAUGGUUCAUCACAGAAAAUAAUUGUGAAUUCAUCUCUGGGAUGGCCCAAUGCUCUCACAAUCUCAUACGUGACGAAUGAACUCUUCUGGGCUGAUGCCCACCAAGAUUAUAUAGCUCACUCUGAUCUUGACGGCAACAACAUUCGGAUCAUAAGAAACAGAGGUAAAUUGCGUGAUUUAUUAUACUGGUAUUCAGAGAAUAAGUAACAGUAAUGUGGAGGA